AUGGCAAUUCUCACCUGCCUUCCGGGGCUUGAGGUUGCCGUCGAAGUCGACGGCCAGCGUGCGCACGAAUACGAAGCCGACCCAGAUGAGGCUGAGUCGCGCGCCAAAGAGAUCAGCUAUCAUUCAUUCCAGCAGACCCCGGACCACAAAGUUCCCUACGUGCUGAAAUACAUCGAGGCCAAACCAGGCAGGCCUUUUGCCUUCAUCCUUGACGCGACAAACUUCCACGACUUCAAGACAGAGCCGAAAAUCUAUUGGAAUUUUUCCAUGGACGGAUUCCGCACGAGUUACAAGCGAAUGUCGGUUGGUAUCGAAAACAAGAGAUCCCAUUGUAGAACUGGUAGCCAAGCCACCGGCUGGAGACGACACUCGUUUCACUUCGGCAGCCUUGAUGUUCGACAUAGAGGGGACAAUACUCAGGCGGAGGCCGCCAGACACUACGGUACACUUGUUGUCAACCUUUAUCUCAGGGUCAAAACCGGUCGUGUUAUAUCUUUUAGGGACAUAGACGGUCCUAUCCCUAUUCUCUCUGUUGGUGAGAAGGACUUGAAGGGCAAAGCCGUUGACAGCAAGGUCAGUUUUGAAUCUGAACCCAUUGAUCGCCCUGGUCAAGUAGCCAUUUCAAGAAAUGUCGAUCCCCAUAACCGACCCAUCGCCAUCUUCGAAUUCCGUUACCGCACCAUGGAGGGUCUUUUGCAGGAAGGCAUUGUAUCUCGCCCGGUCGUUAAGUCCAAGGAGGUUGUCGACGUCGAAGAAAAAUUCCAGCCGCGCAUCAAAUCCGAAAACGAGGAACGCAGAGGUGUCAAGAGAGAACGACCCAUGGACCCUACCUCCUCUCCCCUUUGCUACAAGCUGCACCGCCUGGAAAACGGACAGGUCGAGAUUGAUCUGACGGACGACUGA